AUGUCUGAUCGCGAAGACUACACAAUUGGAUGGAUUUGCGCUCUGGGCAUAGAAUUUGUUUCGGCUAGGGCAUUCCUUGACGAGGAGCUUGACAUCUCAACACUGUCGAUACCCUCCGGAGAUGAGAAUCAAUAUGUCGCUGGAAGGAUAGGACAGCACAACGUGAUAAUUGCAACCAUGCCGGAAGGAAUGUAUGGCACCGCGUCCACAUCUCGAACGGUUUCGAACUUGGUUCACAGUUUUCCCAACAUCAGGUUUUGCCUGAGUGUUGGCAUUGGGGGCGGCGUCCCAAGCGAGCGCCAUGAUAUCCGUCUCGGCGACGUCGCCGUCAGCAUGCCUCAGGGUGCGAACAGCGGUGUGAUUCAGUGGGACUUUGGGAAAGCCAUUCAAAAUGGCGAGUUCCGACGGACCGGCUCCUUUGACGCGCCACCAGUACUGCUUAGGUCUGCCCUUUCCCGGCUCAGAGCUGACCAUGAGAUAAACGGUCACAGCAUAAACGAGAACAUUGAUGCCGCACUACAUAGGUAUCCGCGCCUUCGAAGCUCAUAUGGACGCCAAGACACCGACAGCGACAGGCUAUUCAAAAGCAAUGUUCAAUUCUCAGAACUGGAAGAUCCAGCAGCCUUGAUAGCUCGAGCACCACGAAUCGAAUACGAUACCCCAAUGGUUCACUACGGCACAAUUGCCUCAGGUAACCAGGUACUAAAAGAUGCUGUUCUUCGCGAUAAACUUUCUGCAGCAGAUGAUAUUCUCUGCUUUGAGAUGGAAGCGGCGGGGUUGAUGAAUAUUACCCCCUGUUUGAUCAUUCGCGGUAUAAGCGAUUACUGCGACUCAUACAAAACAAAGAAUUGGCAACGAUAUGCGGCAAUGACAGCAGCUGCCUAUGCGAAAGAACUUCUCGGUAUCGUCGCAGCAAGCAAUGUCAGUGCGGUCAGAACGACUAGCCGUGUGCACAUAGAAGCGAGGGGUCGCGAUAUACUUGAAUGGCUAACCAUUCGUGAUUUCAACGCCCAACAGCACGAUCUCUCCCGAAUACGCACUCCUGGGACAGGCAUGUGGCUGCUUGAAUCAGAAGACUUCCAGAUAUGGCUAGCAAGUCCCAAGAGAACGCUAUUAUGCCGUGGUCUUCCCGGAGCAGGUAAAACCAUAUUGACGUCUGGGGUGAUUGCAGAUCUCACAACACGUUUUUCUCGUAACACUUCAAUUGGUGUAGCAUUCAUAUACCUGAACUACAGAGACCGAGAGCAGGACACACCAGAGGACUUGUUGUUGAGUUUAUUGAAGCAAUUGAGCGAGAGUCAGCGGACACUUCCCGACAGCGUCAAAGCACUUUAUGACAGCCAUAGCCGGCUAAGGUCACGACCACUGCUCAAAGAGAUCCUAGCUUGUCUUGAAGCGGUGACAGCUAUUUACUCCAGGGUAUUUAUUGUAAUAGAUGCUCUGGACGAAUGCAAAUCCCUAAACAACUGUCGAACUAAAUUGCUUCAGUCGGUCUUUCAACUUCAGGCCAAAUGUGGAGUGAAUAUCUUUGCAACUUCUAGAAUCGAUCCUUCUAUAGAAUCGAAAUUUGAAAAGGCUCAAGUAGUCGAUAUGAGAGGUUCAAGGGACGACAUAGUUCAAUACCUGGAUGAGGGGAUAUCACAGCUGCCUGGGUUCGUUCAACGAAAUCCCGAAUUGAAAAUUGAGAUCAAACAAAGGAUUCUUGACGUCUCAGGGGGAAUGUUCUUGAUGGCACGUCACUUGCUUGAAUCACUAUCGGGGAAAUGGUCGCCCAAGGCAGUGAAAAUGGCCCUCGAGAACAUGUCUAGCACUACUACGAAGCUAUCGAUGGUUUAUGAUGAUAUCAUAGAAAGGGUAUCUUCACAAGACUUGGAGAGUAGCAGAUUGGCUUAUCGAGUGCUCUCGUGGCUCGUAUUUCAGGAGAGACCGCUCCUGAAAGCCGAACUUCAACAUGCGCUUGCGGUGGAACCUGGCGAAGACGAUUUUGACGAGGACAACUUGCCCGAAAUCGAGCAUAUUGUAUCCCUUUGCAACGGACUAGUCACCUUAGAGGAAAAAACCGGCAUCCUUAGAAUCGUUCACCUCUCAGCAUACGAAUACCUGCAUACAAAACUGUAUGAACUGGUUCCACAAGCAGAGGCAGAUAUUGCCACCGCUUUACUUGCCUACCUAUCUCUACGUAUCUUUGAGACUGGUGCUUGUCCGACGGAUUCUAGUUUUGAGGAACGUUUGCGGUCAUACCCCCUUUAUUCGUACGCUGCGAGGUAUUGGGGGGCUCAUUGCCGAAAGCUCUCAAAUACGGGCUCCCCGGUAAUGGAUUUGAUCAUGAACUUCCUAAAAAGUGGAAACAAUAUGCAGGCAUCACUACAAGCAACAUUAGCCUCUGAAUGUAGGGAUAUUGGGUAUAGUCAAAAGACGCCGGAAAAUUUCACACCUCUUCAUGUCCCUAUCACAGCCACGGACCACAGCGGAAGGUCGGUCAUGUCGUGGGCCGCUGAAAAAGGACUUGAUAACAUAAUGGUCAAACUACUAUCUCGCAAACACCACCAUCUUAAAGUAGCCGAUGCACAUGGGCGGACACCUAUGUCAUGGGCAGCAGAAGGAGGACAUUCUUUCAUCGUGGAGCUACUGGUGAAAAAAGACGGCGUCGAAGACUCGCCCGACAAAUUUGGUCAAACUCCCCUCUGGUGGGCGGCCAGAUACGGGCAUCUUGAUAUCGUCAAGUUCCUCCUUGAGGCUGGCGAUACGAAUCCAAAUAACAAAGACAUGGACUAUGGUGGAACAUCUCUGUGUUCGGACAUUCAGUUGUCGUAA